GAACUACAACACUCAGUAUCCUCCUACAGUUAGCCGAUUGGCCGGAGUCCCGCGAGGGUUUACGUGGCACUGCUGUGACAGGCGCAUGCUCAGUUUGAGUUCCGUGUGUCCCGGCAGGAAGAUGGCGUCGCUCCCGAUCAGGAUGCAGCCGUGUCUGUUUUCAGUUUUACUCCUGAACGUUUUGUGCAGCUUCGUCUCCGCGCUGUACUUUCACAUCGGAGAGACCGAGAAGAAAUGCUUCAUCGAGGAGAUUCCGGACGAGACCAUGAUUAUAGGUAACUAUCGGACUCAGCUGUAUGAUAAGCAGAGGGAGGAGUACCUGCCGGCCACUCAGGGUCUCGGCAUGUUCGUGGAAGUCAAAGAUCCUGAUGACAAGGUGAUUCUGUCUCAGCAGUAUGGCUCAGAAGGACGCUUCACCUUCACGUCGCACACACCUGGAGAACAUCAGAUCUGCCUUCACUCCAACUCCUCCAAGUUCUCGCUGUUUGCCGGCGGCAUGCUGCACGUUCACCUGGACAUCCAGGUUGGUGAACACACCAACGACUACGCUGAGAUCGCUGCCAAGGACAAACUGACGGAGCUGCAGCUGAGAGUCCGACAGCUGGCGGAGCAGGUGGACCAGAUCCAGAAGGAGCAGAACUACCAGCGGUACCGUGCGGAGCAUUUCCAUCAGACCAGCAAGAGCACCAACCAGCUGGUCCUCUGGUGGUCCAUCAUCCAGACCCUGAUCCUGGUGGCCAUCGGUACCUGGCAUUUACAGAAACAGUUUCGUGAAGGUAAAAAGCUUGAUCAAACAUGGCAGAUAUUUACAGCGUGUACAGAAACCUCUGCUGACUCGUCCUGUGGCGUUUGCUCCUCAGUACACUUUGGCCCUGUGGAAGAGGACUUAAAGUAUGAACUCUAGUAUUUAAAGAAACGACUAAGAUUUGUACCGAUCCAAAAAGCCCACACGAGGACGCCGUCACCUGGAGAAGGCGGAUAUGGAGAUGAGCCCCAGCAGGAACUCGAGACCGUAGAAGCAG